AUGGGGAUUUUUAUCAAGAAACAACAAUCUGGGUUCUCUGCCUCUUCAACAGCAGAGGAAGUUACUGAAGGGAUUGAUGGAACUGGUCUUACUGCAAUUGUUACAGGAGCCUCCAGUGGUAUUGGUGUAGAGACAGCGCGUGUUCUUGCAUUGCGCGGUGUCCAUGUAGUUAUGGCAGUAAGGAACACCGAUGCUGGGGUGAAUGUCAAAGAAGUAAUCCUUAAAGAAAUUCCCAAUGCUAGAAUUGAUGUCAGGGAGUUAGACCUCAGCUCAUUCACAUCUGUAAGAAAAUUUGCAGCAGAUUAUCGUUCCUUAGGCCUUCCAUUGAACAUCCUUAUUAACAAUGCAGGGGUAGGAGUGACACCUUUCAAACUUUCUCAAGACAGUAUAGAACUCCAGUUCGCAACGAAUCAUUUAGGUCAUUUUCUUCUCACAAAUCUUUUGCUGGAGACCAUGAAAAGCACAUCACGAGAAAGCAACACAGAGGGGAGAAUCGUGAACGUAUCAUCACUGAGCCAUCAUUACGGAUACCGUGAAGGAAUUCGUUUUGAUAAACUUAAUGAUGAACCCACAUACAACAGGCAUUGUGCUUAUGCACAAUCCAAACUUGCCAACAUCCUACAUGCUAACGAGCUUUCCCGGUGUCUGAAGGAAGAAGGGGUAGAGAUAACGGCUAAUUCUGUUCAUCCCGGAGCAAUUCUCACGAAUAUUACCCGCCAUGAUAGCUUCCUACGGUGUGUUUUUACUGUGGUGUGUUUGUUUAUCUCUAAAACUGUUCAGCAGGGUGCGGCAACCACAUGCUUUGUGGCACUCAAUCCACAAGUUAAGGGAGUAGGCGGCGAAUACUUUUCGGACUGUAAGAUUGCCAAACGGAGCUCUCAGGCAAAAGAUGCGGAUAUGGCUAGGAGACUUUGGGAUUGUAGCUUGAGUUUGACCAAUCCCAAGAACAGAGGAAGUACUGAAGGGAUUGAUGGAACUGGUCUGACUGCCAUUGUUACAGGAGCCUCAAGUGGUAUCGGUGCAGAGACAUCACGUGUUCUUGCGUUGCGUGGUGUUCAUGUUGUUAUGGCAAUAAGGAGCAUGGAUGCUGGGGCCAAAGUCAAAGAAGCAAUCCUUGAAGAAAUCUCCAACGCUAAGAUUGAUGUCAUGGAGUUGGACCUGAGCUUGUUGGCAUCUGUAAGAAAAUUUGCAGCAGAUUAUAACUCCUCCGGCCUUCCAUUGAACAUUCUUAUUAACAAUGCAGGGGUAGGAGCAUCUCCAUUCAAGCUUUCUCAAGACAGCAUAGAGCUGCUGUUUGCAACCAACCAUUUAGGCCAUUUUCUUCUCACCAAUCUUCUGUUGGAGACCAUGAAAAGCACAUCGCGAGAAAGCAACAUAGAGGGGAGAAUUGUUAAUGUAUCAUCACUACUUCAUCCAUAUGGUUACCGUGAAGGAAUUCGUUUCGAUAAAAUCAAUGAUGAAUCAGGGUACAACAGAUACUACAAUUAUGCGCAAUCCAAGCUUGCUAACAUCCUACAUGCCAAUGAGCUUACAAGGCGUCUCAAGGAAGAAGGGGUAGAGAUAACAGCUAAUUCUCUACAUCCUGGAGCAAUAGGAACGAAUAUUACGCGCCAUGAUAGCUUUUUACAAUGUAUCUUCAGUGUGCUGGGUAUAUUUUUCUCUAAAACUAUCCAACAGGGAGCGGCAACAACAUGCUUUGCAGCACUCCAUCCACAAGUUAAGGGAGUAGGCGGCGUAUACUUUUCAGACUGUAACAUUGCCAAACCGAGCUCUCAGGCAAAAGACGUAGAUUUGGCUACCAGGCUCUGGGAUUUUAGCUUGAGUUUGACCGAUGCCAAGUAG